AAAUUUAGUUAUGGAUGCCCAUCUUUACUUCACUCACUGGCUAAUGGCUUCAUCUUCUUCUUGUUCUUCUCUUCUUCUCCUUCAAUCCUUCACUUCAUCUUCUCCUUCUCCAACCCUUCUUUUCCACCAAACUCCCCACUCUAUCUCUUCUCUGAAAAUCUCCAGAAAACCCUUUCUCUCAAAUUCAAAGCUUCUCACUGUCUCUUUUGCUCUCACUGAAACCGAAUCCGACUCCCCCAACUCCCUCCCACCUUCCCCCCAAUCUCUCCUUCAAGAUCUCGCUGAUUGUUUUGAUCUUCCAUCUGAUUAUUUUGCACAGCUACCAAAUGAUCUUCGGAUAGAUCUAAACGAUGCUGCUUUUGAUCUUUCAAACGGGCCAGUUAUCAAUGAGUGUGGUGAAGAGCUGGGAGAAACACUUUUAAAUAUCGCUCGAGCCUGGGAACUCGCUGACACGUCAACUUCCUGUGCUUUAGCAAAUAAACUCCCUGCAUUAGAGAGCUCCUUAACUGACAAUGCAAAAUCAGCAUUUGGCAAGCGCUUGAUAUCUGCUGGAAGGAGGUUCCAAUCAAUGGGACAGUAUGGUCAAGGUGAACUACAAAAGAUUGCAAAGACGAUGAUUGCAACUGGAAAGCUUCUCUCCGCAAGUUCAAUGUCAACAGCUGAUGAGCAACCAAAGAAGGAAACUAGAAUGUUCAAGUUUGGAGAACUUCAGGUUGAAGUAACACCAGAAAAAGCUAACAUUGGUGCAGCGCUUGCAUUUUUUUUUGGUAUGAUGAAAAAUUGCAAUGUAGGAUUCUUUCAUGGCAGCUAGGUCAAGGCAUCCAGAGCAUUCCUGAGAGCUCAUUGCAGUAUGCAAAUGACAAUGCUUUGCUGCUGGCAAAGUCUCUGAGGGGAGCUCUACUUGCAAUGUGCUAUUCGUCCACUGUCUUGUCAGCUUUCACUACUGUUGGGCUUUUCUUAUAUGCGAGACAACUUGCGUCAAAGGAAAAGUGACAAUUUUUGGUGUUAUCUUGCCUGAGUUUUGCUGUAAAUCUGAGAUACUCUUCCAUAUACACAAGUUAAUUCUAUUAUUUCACUAGCAAUGCUGGGUGGAUUUGGAAUCAAUGUCACAGUCUGAUGGCUGAAGCAUUAAUUAAUUCGUGUUCUAUCUCAUUUCUCAUGGAAACAUAUUUAGAUACCUUGUUCCGGUUGUAAGACAUUUCUAUACAGCAAUAAACCUCAGUUGUAACAUGCCAAGAAUCUGAGUUAAGUUACACUUUCUGCUGGUGGGUGUCAUCUUUAUUCCUUGAGAAUAUAAAAUGGGGAAGGCAGACAACUGAGCCUUCAAAACUUUGGUGAUAUUGAUAUUGCAUCAGUUUGUAUUCUGAUCAUUAGAUGCUUGUGCAUUUUAAUACUGACAAAUAGAGUAUCAAAGGAGAUAAAGCUAAGGGCAGAAUUAAUAAGCAUCUUGAUACAAGUACAUUUCAAGGAGUCUUCAUACCCCAAGUCGGCUUCUUCUAAGACCAGCUUUCCAGAUUCUUCUUUUAGCUUGAGCUUGUCUUAGACUUUUAAGGAUGCCUCCUUUGUACAUCUUGUUCGCACCUUAUGUUUUUACAGUCAUGAACUUAGAACACCAAUGGCUGCUGGUAUGGGCUGCUGGACAUCUUCAUUGCUGAUCUAAGCGUCACAAGUGGUGAGCACUUGGCAACACUGUCCCAGAUUAGAAAACGCUUUGUGGCUUUUGUUAGGCUUCUUUGGAUCCUUGCAAGGUUGAAACUGGGAAAGCGAUGUGGCAAGACGUUUGGAAGGCUGGUUUUAAAAGAUGCUGAUAUAGGCUAUAAAGGACUUGAAAUGUACUCCAUCAAAUGACUAUUAAUUUGGCUCUCAGUUUCAUCCCAUUUGAUUCUCCUUUUAUGAGUAUUAGAAUUUCAUCCCCUAUGAUACUCCUAUGAGUAUUAGAAUGCACAAACAUUCAGUGAGAAUACAUAUUGAUACAAUACCAAUAUAAUCAAAGUUUUGAAAGCUCAUUUGUUUUUCUUCACUGUUA